CAAGUCAAUUAAUCAUAGCAUUUGAACCUCUAUGAUCACGAAAGGAUUUUUAUGAGAUGUGUGUUUUUUUAGAUGAAUAUAUGACCACAUAAGAAAGAGAGAGAGAAAAGUCGAUAUCCACCCAUCAUCUCCUAUUUAAUCGCACCACUUGACUUCAUCAACCCAACCACAAAAAUUGGCUUCAACCCUGCACCUGCAACUGCAACAACAACCAUAAUACAGAGAACAGAACAAUAAUGGCAGCUGCAUCUCCAACGUUUUCCAUUAUUCCAAAUCCGUUCCUUAAUUCUCAAAUCAAAUGCUUUCACCCUCCGCCUCCCUAAUCAACCAUAAACCAGAUUUCAAUCAUCAACAUUACACCAUGAGUUUGGAGAGUUUAUCGAUCUGUACCGAAGGUCUAGGGUUUGAGAGCUUUGACGAUGUGGAAGAUCAAUUGGAAACCGAUAGCCAUGAAGUGAAGCUUGGAACAACAACAACAACAACAACAACAACAACAACAAAGCGUGCGGCGGCGAUAUCGAUGUUAGGCGAUGGCGGGAAGAGGUCGAGGAUCACCGGAUCUGAAUUGCCGCCACCGAUUUCUUCGUUAGGAAGGAGUGGGAAGCCAUGGGUGUGCUUGAAAUCGUAUCGAGAAAAUGGAAGGUUUAUUCUGAAGGAGGUCCGGAUCCGAACCCAUGAAUCCUUACAUGCGUCUCGAGAAGAUGGACGAUUGAAGCUCAAGUUUAUUCAAUUCGAUGAUGAUGACGACGACGAUGUCAUCGCCUCACAUUAAUUAAUUAAUUAAUACUAAUAACUUUGAUUAUUUCCAUCUAAUUAUAUGAUUAAUUUUUAUGAAA